UGAGCACUAUUGUGCUGCAUCCAUUGGAAUAGCUCGGGACCUCAGAGGAUCGACCUUAUUACUAAGUGGCUAGCGAUGGCGGAAACGAUUCGGCACGGAUCCCAUGACCACCAGCUGCAACAUAUCGGAACAAUGGACACCAGCGUGAGGGCGGUAAAUUGCCGUGCAUGCGACCUACCCUUCAAAUCAGAGAACGUCGACCUUUUCGGUUGCCGCAGCUGCGGUUUCUUCCUCCACCGGUCCUGCUGCUUUAUGCCAACGUCACUUAAGAACCCUGCGCAUCCCCAGCACCAACUCCAGCUUCGUUAUACACCCGCCUACAAUGACGGCAUUUUCUCCUGCUACAUAUGCGGGAACAGUGGCAAAGGGUUCAAUUACGGCUGUCAGGCUUGCCGAUUCGACGCCCAUGUGCCAUGCGUUAACCUGCCUUCGAAGGCACGCAGCCCAGCCCACCAGCACCGACUUCAGCUCCUGUUCCGCCCACCUGCCAUGGGAGGCACCUCCUGUGGCUUUUGCGGCCUUCAGAUCCACUAUUGCUGCUACAGCUGCAGCCCUUGCAGCUUUUUACUCCACCCAAAGUGCCUCAAGGAACAACCCAGGACAGGACGUUCCAAUAACCAACAAGGCCCCCAACAGGGCUCCAAUAACCAACAGGGCCCCACCAAACAGGACGGACAAAACUUAGGAAUGGCCAUUAUGAGAGUCUCAGCGUUAUGCAAUGUGAUCCAAACCGGGCAUCAAAUUCUUGGUUGGUUUGGCGAUGGGGCCGGAGAAGAUCACGAAACUGGGCAUCAAAUUCUUGGUUGGUUAGGCAAUGGGGACGGAGAAGAUCACGACGUUCAAGAUGGCGACGACGACUGCGACGACGUCGACGACGACGACGACUUCGGUGAUGACAUGAGCAGCUUCGGCCAGGGUUUCGGCGGUUACGUUGAUAUUGCCUUCCAAAAGGAGGCUAGAUCUUUGGCUUUCGAGCAUAUGGCAAGGAUGGGCGAGGGUGCCUGACCGACCUUUUUCCCUCAACUGUGUUGGUGUGAUAAAGGAAGCAAUAGUGUGCCGUGCCGUUUGAAUUUGAGGAACUUGCCAUGACUACUGCUGAUGUCUUCUUGUUCGUGCGUAGUUUUUCUUCCAUUCUGCGAGGUGUUGUAACGUAUCUGGAUUUGAUGUAAUUUGCUUCUCCUAUAUAUACUCUAUCUCAGUAAUUAGGUUCUGACAUUUCUUAGAUAAAUUUUCUUGAAAGAAAAAAAAAAUAUUCAGAAGAUGGAUUUUUUUCCAUGCAUGCAAA